AUGUCAAUAGCUGAGUCGCUGCCGGCACUACCCGGUCUUUAUUUCGAUAAGAAGCAGAAGGGUUUCCGUGUUCGUUAUCAGAACGUCUAUGUUGGUUGGGUUGCUCUUUCACGCUUCCCCUCCAUCGAGGAGGCUUACUGCUCCGCACGGGACAUUUGGGAAAACGCGAAGGCUCACGCCGAGAAGUUCCAGACGCCUCAGGCCGCCGUGAUCGCCAGCCUCCCCCUUCAGAAACAGGCCCGUGCCAGCGGCAAAAACCGCGGCGGCCGCCCCCGUACCGUCACACAACUUCCCGCCGAGUGGGGUCAACGAAACACUGCUGCGAACUGGACGGCAGCCGUGGACUCGCCCAACGAACCAUGGUACUCCGCUUCCGACAGCUCGCUCGCACUGUACCCGAAAUACAACGAUGUGUUUGCCGCCAACAUCGGGGCCGGACCUGAAGACCUAGCCGGAGCAUCCAAUCCCAUCGAAGACGAGUCCGUUUUCGGCUACGGCUAUAUGGGCACCGGCUUCGCACCAUCACCCAUCUCUUACGGCAAGCCGGUGAGCAACGAUGAAUUCAUUAGUGGUUUUGACACAACGCCGUGGUCUCUCAAGGGCCACGUCGAAAAUUAG